AUGUACCUAGAACUGGUAAUGAGAAACCACACAGCAAUAACCACAUUCAUCCUGCUGGGAUUGACAGAUGACCCACAACUACAGAUAUUGAUCUUUACAUUUCUACUGAUCACUUACAUGCUGAGUGUCAUUGGAAACCUGACUAUCAUCAUCCUCACAUUAGUGGAUUCCCACCUUAAAACCGCCAUGUACUUUUUUCUCCAGAAUUUCUCCUUUUUAGAAAUCUCCUUCACUUCUGCCUGUAUCCCUAGAUUCCUGUAUAGUCUAUCAACAGGUGACAGGACCAUCACCUAUAAUGCUUGUGCAUGCCAACUGUUUUUUACAGACCUUUUUGGAAUAACAGAAUUUUUUCUUCUGGCCACUAUGUCCUAUGAUCGCUAUGUAGCCAUCUGCAAGCCCCUGCAUUAUAUGGCCAUCAUGAACAACAGGGUCUGUAAAAGACUCAUUAUGUGUUGUUGGAUAAUUACACUGCUGAUUAUUUUUCCACCACUUAGCUUGGGACUAGAACUAGAAUUCUGUGACUCUAAUAUUCUUGAUCACUUUGCCUGUGAUGCUAAUCCUAUCUUGAAGAUCUCAUGCUCAGAUACGCAAUUCAUAGAGAAGUUGGUUAUUUUCUGUUCUGCAUUUAUUCUCAUAGUGACUCUCAUGUUUGUGGUGUGGUCCUAUAUCAGUAUCAUCCAAUCAAUUCUAAGAUUCCCCUCUGCCCAGCAAAGAAAAAAAGCAUUUUCCACCUGUUCUUCCCACAUGAUUGUGGUUUCCAUAACAUAUGGCAGUUGUAUCUUUAUUUAUAUCAAACCUUCAGCAAAAGAUGAGAUGGCCAUUAACAAAGGGGUGUCAGUAUUAACUACUUCUAUCUCCCCCAUGCUAAAUCCAUUCAUUUAUACCCUGAGGAACAAACAAGUGAAACAAGCCUUGAAUGACUUGGUGAAAAAACUAUAUAGCUCUGAAAAAAUUAGAGGAAUGUUGAAGUAAGAAAGUAAAUUUCUAUGUGAUUUUUUUUUUUUUUUUGUGACUGGGUGAUCUAAAUUUCUUACAGUUUGAAUUAGUCCUUAUUUUUUAGUAAACACUCCUUUGUUUGGAAAAGAAACAUUUUUAUCACUUUAUUGGGACCUUAGAAGUAAAGUUGUUGACAAAUAGAUACAAUUCCUCGCCAUACAAUUCCUCGCCACCCCCAUGAAAAUUGUCUGCAGAACACUCUCUCCCCCAACAGAUUCUCUUGCGUUGUCAUGCACCAGAACCUCAACUUUCUCUCCAGCCCUUCUUUUCCUGUUCUUCCCCAGUCUUUUGCUUUGGUGUGAUAUGCCACAUCCAGUCCACUGAGUUUUCCCUUUCUGUCCUUUUUAUUAUUAUUAUUAUUAUUAUUAUUUUUAUUUUUAAUUCCGUGUAUAGGGGAUGCAGUCUGCUGUUCGGCUUUUUCUUGCUGGCUACUGCACUUAAUGAUUCCUU